AUGUAUGAGAGAGAAGUGGCUCAAACGUAUUCGUUUCUCCCGCGCGAGGCAGUGUCUUACUAUCUUAUGAGCUGUAACCAUUGUAAACUUCGUAUCCAGACCUCCAACUCUAUCCUCAUCAAACACGGUGUUCCUCCCACCCACGUGGACAGUGACAAUGAGGACCUUACUGAUGGAGAAGGUUCUGUAUCAAGCAACGAAAAAGAUUUUGAUGCAAAAAAGACUGAGGAGCCUGCUCGAAAAAGAGUAAAGAGAGAGAAAGUCUUGGACAAUGACUAUAUUCAUGAGAAUAGCAUGGAUAUUUUGGAUAAAUUUGACACAAGUCCUGAAGGUAGUGAACAGGAAAAUGGUAGUGGCGAUCCGGAGUAUGUUCCAAAUGGUAAAGAAAUGGUGAAGUCAGAUUGCGAUUGUUUGCCCGAGGAAAUGAAUCAAGACAUAGAUCUUUCACAAUCAUCUCAGAUGAAGAGAAUGAACAAUACAAGCAGCAGUUUGAUAGGAAAGACUCUCACGAGAGGAAGAAGAGGUGGAGGUGGUGGCAGACGUCUUAGUUAUUCACCAGAAACUGACAAACAACUCCUUGAAUGGGUGCUAGAAAGAAGCAAAAGUGGCUUACCAGUGACAAGGGAAUCUAUUCAGUCCCAGGCUCUUGUACUUGUACGGGAUGAAUGUCCAGAUUUUAAAGCAUCCAGUGGUUGGGUGGAGAAAUUUUUGAUACGUCAUAAGUUCAGACUUCCAUCAAGAGCAAGUAUCGUUGAAAACGGUAGUGUUACAAGAAGAGGUCCGCCUCCACUAGUAUCCAAUGGAACACGAAGCACGUCUUCGUCACCAGUUCCCAGUCCUUUAUCUGAGAACACAAGUGACGUGGACAAGAACGAAGAUACAUCUUUCAACGUCGGUAAUGUGGACUCCGUUAAAAAGGGCCUGCGACGAGCAUGUAGACGUCAGGGAAAAGAUAACAAAGACGAUGAAGAGGAGGAUGAUGACGAAGGCGACGAAGGUGAAGGUGAACCAGAAAAACCCGUACCGGAGAAUGUCAAUCCUGAACGACUGAAAGCUUUUAAUGUGUUUGUGAGGUUAUUCGUCGACGAAAACCUCGAUAGACUGGUUCCUAUUUCUAAACAGCCGAAAGACAAAGUGUUGGCCAUCAUUCGUGCUUGUCAGCGGCAGUUCCCCGAGUUCAAUGAUCGUGCGAGAAAGAGAAUCAGAACUUAUUUAAAAUCUUGUAGACGUAUGAAAAAACCCAAUGAACCGUUGAGGCGAACCGCUGAUCAAAUUAAUUCUGUUCCUUCAAUGUCGUCAGCACAAAUGCAAGAAGUGAAUAAUAUUUUAGCAUCUGCAUGUGCAAACGAGGCAAGUCUUGGUGACCAUGGAGACAUGCGCACUCUAUGCUCCGCCUGUUCCUUCACCACAAAAUCAUUUGCAGUAUCUUCCGUAACACGACUGCCUCUCGCUGCUGUUGGACCAGAAUCUUUGGCUGCCGCUCGGGCGCGAGUUGGCGCGGAGUUUAAGCUCAACACGACUGACGUUACCGCGAUACGUCAACUGAUCAAUGGUUAUCGUGAGUCCGCUGCAUUUUUAUACCGAUCAGCGGACGAACUUGAGGCCUUACUCCCGGCAUCCAUGUUAUCGUCCCAAAAGGCCGUGCACUAAACUCGUAAACUUUCGUGCGCCAUUCGGACGCUUUCGUUUCUUGUUUGCUCAAUAAGACUACGAGCAAAAUGGAAAUGUUAUUUAUUCUUAUAAUGGCCAUUUUUUCUGGCUCAUGAUGUUCACGUGUUCACGGAAACUUUUUCAAUUCGCAAAGCACAUUGUUUUGAAAAGAUUUCAGUUAAUUAAAGGCGAUGUAGUUAGCCUCGAGUGAAACUCCUAGAUUUUUAAUUUUGUUAUCACUGGAUGGUAUUUGCGUCGUCAUAUAAUCACGCUUGUCGUUUUAAACAGCAAAUUAGAUUUGACAAUCAAGUAACUAUGAAUGGAAUAGUAAUUUUUUAUCUUUAUAUGUUUUGUAUAAGUCGUGUUUCCUUCCAAUUACGCGUUGGAAACACGUGAUCGCACGAUAGAGACACGUGAUAUAAUAAUAGUAAGCAACACCAGAGCACCAUGUGACAUUUAAUUUAUUUAAUAAAUAAGUAUAUUUGCAUUGUAAAAA